ACCUACUGCGCCACUGUUUCGCCAUGAAUGAGUAUUAGUAUCUAAAACAUAGGUACUAGUAUCUAAUGGACGAGUAGUAUCUUAUAAAAAUAACUAGUGUCUAAUGAGUAAGCACUAGUAUCUAAAGAAUAAGCCCUAGUAUUUAAUGAUUAGCCCUAGUAUGUAAUAAAAAAGUACUAGUACUUAAUGGAAAGGAUACUGGUAUUUAAAAAAAUAAGCACUAGUAACAUGAAAAUAGAUGCUAAUACGGGUUAUAGAUUAAAUGUGAAGGCGGCUUGCCAUAGUCCGGGGUGUUUUUCUGUUUUUGUCUGGCUCUCGCGCGCCUCCUAGUGCACGUGGAGCUGUACGGAAUUCCCAACCCCGACAGCAGCUACUGCGCAGGCGCGGACGAAAACUCCAUGAUUUUUUUUGGCACGGGAUACCAGGGAAAAAUAGGAACUUGGAAACGAAGAUAAACUAAAAGCACCAUUGCAAAGCCGCCAUCAAGCCCUCGCUCGCCUGUGCACGCAGGAAAGACGCUUAGGAAGCCGCUGGACCUUUGAAUGAAGCGAUCUCUGGCUCCGCGGCCGAGCAGGAUUCACGCGAAACUGGACGACAAUGCACGGGGCGCAAUAAAACCGAGCGUUAUUGCUCUUUGUUUUUAAGCAGGACGGCUCGGAUGGUGCUCGGGGAUGAGGACGCGGGGAAGUGGCUGAAAAUCUCUCGGCGGUAAUAACAGCUCCAGCGACGGCGACAUCUGCGAGUCGAGCCCGUCGAGACGCUUGUUCUGGGUUGUGCAGCUACGAAGAAGCAGGAAACUUUGUAAACAGAGAUUUUCCACUUCUGGAUUUGCACCACAGCAUUACAGUCCACUGGAGAGGACCAGAGAGGAUCGUGUGUGGAGCCGGAUUGGUGGUUCUCUCCUGUUGUCCUUCAUUUAUGCUGCCUAAAUGUCCUUCAAAGGGUGCAUUUCACGAACGGUGCUGACCAAGGCUGUAUAAAAAUGAAAAGGAGCUGGAUGUGUGUGAUCAGAAAAUGACGGGGGGCAGUGAGAGUGUAGCAGGAGAAAAAGAUGGAGGAACGACGCUCAUCGCUCAGGUCCCGGUCGGCUGGCGGAGGAAGGUGGAGGACGGAGCUGUGUCUUACAUCAGCCCGAGUGGUACAGUCCUUCAAUCUGUGGAUGAGGUGAGGGUGUAUCUGCGCACAGACGGCACAUGUAAGUGUGGUCUCGAGUGCCCGCUUGUCCCAAAUAAGGUCUUUAAUUUUGACCCUGCUGCAAUGGUCCAAGCUCCUGGUCAUCAGUCGGGUAAAGUAGAGGAAGACAUGACCAAACUCUGCAACCAUCGCAGGAAAGUAGACGCUAUGACAGCGUUAUGUCAAAGCAUGCAUCCCUCACAUCUCGCACCACUGGCUCAAGCCACAGGAGGUGUUGUAUGCUCAGUGGACGGCAGAGAGUCGAGAGGAUCAAUGCUAACACAUGGAGACGGAGCCCACUGCACUUACCCUCAGCCCAGACACAGCCAGCCCAAACCCAACAUGGGCUUUCCUCUGUCCUCCUCUCGCUCUGUUCUGCAGAACGGCUCUGUUAAUCUCUCCCCGAUUUCACGACCUCCAGAUCAGGGUUCACCUCUAAAGAAGUCCCAGGCGCCUGUUUACGCAAAGCAGCAGUGGAGCCCUCACCCGCCGCUCAUUCAGAACACCCCCCAAAGAACAGCACACAACCCAACAUCUCCAAACAAUGUAAAACCAACGCAAGCGCAUCCUCCAGACUCCAUAAACUCAUUCUCAUUUUCAUCAUCUUUAAGCAAUCGAACUAUUCCACCGAUGUCCCAGGGGGCGAGUGUUAAGUCUCCGUCUCCUCUUUCGCCGUCUCGCACACGGGACUCAUUCUCACCGCACCAGCGUUCUCGACACUCCUCCACAUCUUCACUAUCCGAUCAUCAAAUCUUCAUCCAGGGAGCCAAACCUCUGCAUCCCACAAUGCCUUGCUCUUCUCCCAAGCUUCCCAAUGCACCCUUGAGUCCGUGUAGUCGCCUGGAGGGCAUUCUGCAGCACUACAAAGAUUGCAGUACGUCCUCAAGCAUUAGCACCAGUGCUAACCAAAGCAUCCAUCAGGCGUCAUUAGUGGCUCUUCCCAAUGCAAGUGACAAAAGGAACGGAGCGAUGCUCGGACAGAUUCUCAAUCAGAAGCAAAAGAGCCACAUUAAUAACUCUUUCCCUGCUAGCAGCCUUUUAUCGGCGGCUGCUAAAGCACAGUUGGCCAAUCAGAAAACAGAAGGGCUGUCCGCACUCCCGCUUGCAGGCCUGGACAAGGAGCAGCAGUCAAAGGUAUUGAUUAGCACUUUAAACAGUAGCGUCCACAACACUUCCUCCAGACCGCAAGCCCUGACCGCCCUCUUGCUCCCGCACUCCCCUGCUUCCCCCUCCGAGAAAAACUUGCGGCGCAAACGGCAGAGGCGGUCGCCCACCGUUUUGAGCAUGCUGAAAGACACGCAGUUGGGUCGUACUGUUUUAGAUCUAUCCUCACCACCUCAGCUCAUCCCUCCAUGCUCUUCUCCUCCCGUACACAACAGCUCCGACAACCUCCGGCUGCCUGUCAAUCCUCCGAAUUGCAGAUUGCAGGAUUCGGAGGAAUGCAAGAAGCCGGGGAUUGCUAAUUCGCUUCCUUCCGCAUCUCCAUCCCAACCCCUCUCCGCCCUGCUUCACCUUCUUAGCAUGCAGAACGCAAAUCAGCAGUGCAUUGGUGCCAAGCCGGGUAACAUGCACGCAAACACAUCCCCCAGACCCAUCACUCCACUGACGCCCCAAGGUGACGGGCAGUCUGUGUUACGCAUACACAACCCACAACCCCAAAGCACAACCCCUACUCUAGACCCCCAGCAGCCGGCAUCCCAAGCGUUUCCGAUAAUGGGUGACGAGACAACAGCAAACCUCAAAGCCGCCUCCAGCAACACCAUCCUGAACCUGAGCCAGCCCCACGUGGGCACCACCACGCCAGACCUCAGCGGUUCAAUUAUAUCCAUGAUCAACCAGAUGUCCUCAAACUCCUGCUUGCCCACGUUUGCGGAGAAAGUUUGUGGGUCCAAAAUGACCGAGGCUUAUCCUGAGCACAGCACCUAUCAGAUUAACCAGCCAAACCACAGUCCAGAUGUGGAAGAUAAAGGUCCUGUAGAGACGAUAGACUCAGACACACGAUUGCUGGCUGGCUGUGAGCCCGACCACGGCCUCUCGUUAUCCACUGCCCCAACUUCUGACCUUACCAACCCAGCCACAGACCCUGCUAUCUCCCUCCCGCUGGCCGAGGCUUUUCCCUUCAUGACCCAAGAACAGCUCCUCCAGCUUCUGUCCUCCAAUGCUGGCCUGCCUUCCCUUCUGCCGCCCUUCCUAGGCUCCCUACCUCUCGGCCUCUGGACGGGCAGUCAACCCUCGACGCCAGGCAGCAAUCAAUCUCAGCAUCCACCCAUUGGGAACCAGGGAUCUCCUCUUAACCUUCUCAACCAAGCCGAGCUCCCUCUUAAUCUCCUGAGCCUGUUAAAUCCUGCAGGAUCGGCUGCAGCGCUGCCCCCGGUGGCAGGGGUGGAAACUGGAGAAAAGCCCCCAGGGCUUCAAGCUCUCCUAAUGGCUUCUUUGCUUCUCGGACAGAAUCCGGCAGCCAUGUUGCCAUUACCGGCGCUCAAUCUGGAGCUUCCUACGCCGCCGCAGCAGGUGUUUGCGGACGGGGUGUCUUUGGAAAAGCCACCUGCUCUGCUGGACUCUGUGCUGAUGGGGCCGGGGCUUCUGGAGGCUCUUCAGACUCUUGCCCCGGGUGCAGACGGCCAGUCGCUGCUGCUUUCUGCCCCUCUCGCUGCUCCUCCACCCGCAUUCCUGUCCCUCAAUCCCGCUCUGCUGGCCGCAGCUCUCGCACAGACCGAACCCCUACCCAACCACACGCCAUCCCCCCCGCCGCAUUCUCAGGGGACUCUGUCCAGCCCUGCUCUAGUUUCUACCUCGGUGUCCUGCGGCCCUCUGGUGUCGGCGGGGCCAGAAGUUUGUGACCCGCUGGCGGAGCAGGACAAGAACAGCCAGACGCAUCACUUCCUAUCGCCGCUGCUCGCCCCGGGGGUUCUGGGUGACCUGGCCGCUCUAGGGAACAUCAACAGUCUUCAUGGUUUACUGGGAGCAGGACCUCUUCUUCUGCCGCAGGGCGUCCCGCUGACACAGAACCAGACCACUCUCAACCCCCUCACCUGCCUGCAGCUGACGAUGGCGCCGGCGCUCAUGGGAGAAAAGCCCGUAGCGCUGCAUGAAACUCCUCCGCCACAGGACGCCGCCGCUCCGCCUCAUGAUUCCCUGUCGCAGCAGAGAGAGGCGCCAGGGCUGUUCGAUCCGUACGGAUCCUUCAUGGACACCAUCUACACCUCCUUCCUGCAGGUGAGCGAACGCGGCUCCGACUCGAACCCGCUGACCUUCCCAGCGCUCCUCCAGCAGGCUAGCGCUCCUCCGUCUCUGAGCCCACGCCGCGCCUGCUCCGUCCACAACCCUGACUUGUCCCGCCUAGGCCCGGAUGUGGCUCAGUCUCCGGCCCGCGGGACGCCCAAACCCAGCGGAGACUCGCCGCCGCCGCCCUGCAGGCCAGCCGGAGCACACGCACUCACAGUAGAGGAGGCCAAAACACACACAUCCAAACACUGUGUGUUCAGCAACGGCCUCCGCUCUGAAGGAGGAGAAGAAGAAGAGGAGGAGGAUGAGGAUGAAGAUGCAGGAGUGCAGGAGUAUCUGAGUCCCACACAGAGGACGAGCAGAGACGAGGAUGAAGAUAUCAGCCACGCGGAGCAAAUCAGGGCUGAAGACGUGCACACAGGAUCCAGAAGGGGGCGCAAGAGGAAACAGACGCUUCAGAUGGGUUCAGAUCUGCCCGGCGGCAUCGACAGCAUCAUUGAGGAGCCUUCGGCCUCUGCAAUCUUGGUGUCCAGAUCAUCUCGCUCCAGCAGAGGAAAGAGACGCCGCGUCCUGCGCUGAACAACACCAGCACUACAUCAGCCACUGUGAAGAGUCACGCCUGUUUGUGUGUGUGUGUGUGUGUGUGUGUGUGUGUCUGAACAUCUCUCACUCACUUUGUGUGUGUGUGUGUGUGUGUGUGUGUGUCUGAACAUCUCUCACUCACUUUGUGUGUGUGUGUGUGUGUGUGUCUGAAUAUUGCUUGCUGUCUGUCUCAAUGCCUCUUGCUCUAUCUGUGUGUCAGUCUCUCUCUCCCCUCUUUGUGUGUGUGUGUGUGUGUCUGAAUGUCGCUCACUCUGUCUCGCUCUCGCUCAACCUGUGUGUGUGUCUCUCUGUCUCAUUCAUUCAUUCAUUUUCCUUCAGCUUAAUC